AUGUCUGAAAGUUCACCUGAUGAAAUGAAUUCAAUGCGCAAGGAUUUCAUUUGCGGCGUCGUCGAAGAAGUGAAUGACCUGAUAUCCAUUACAGGCUUUUACGGCCGGCCUUGGACGACGGAGCAGAGGAAAGAUUUAUUUCAAAAGUUAAAAAAAUGGGGCUUAGACAUGUAUGUCUACGCUCCAAAAGACGAUUACAAGCACAGAGCUUACUGGAGGGAACUUUACACAGUGGAAGAAGCCGAACAUCUAACGUCAUUAAUAUCGGAAGCUAAGUCCCAUGGUAUUACUUUCUGCUAUGCUUUGUCACCCGGACUCGAUAUCACAUACAGCAGCCAAAAGGAAAUAACUACAUUGAAACGUAAACUAGAGCAGGUAUCUCAAUUUGGGUGUACAUGUUUUGCUCUGCUGUUUGACGACAUUGAACCGGAAAUGAGUGAAGCUGACAAACAAAUAUUCCAGAGUUUUGCACAUGCUCAGGUAUCUGUAACCAAUGAGAUCCACCAACAUCUCGGCAGCCCCAAGUUCCUUCUCUGCCCAACACAAUACUGUUCUACGAGGGCCGUACCAACUGUUCAUACAUCGGAGUAUCUCAAUACAUUAGGCACUAAACUAUCCCAGGAAAUUGAUAUCAUGUGGACGGGACCCAAAGUGAUAUCUAAGACCCUCACUACAGAGUGUAUUGGGGAGAUAACACAAGUUCUACGAAGACCUCCUGUUAUAUGGGACAAUUUACAUGCUAAUGACUACGAUCAGAAGAGAAUAUUCUUAGGUCCAUAUUGCGGCCGUUCCCCCGAGUUAAUACCUCUUCUACGAGGAGUAUUAUCAAACCCCAACUGCGAGUACAAUGCCAACAUGAUACCUAUAUGGACCCUCGCACACUGGGCCAGAUGCAGUCUCGAUGCACCAGCACAUAUGGAAGCUGUGUCCUGGGAUAUUAAGCUGGAACGUGAGAGUGAGCAAGGUAUAUGUGAAGAUGAAGUGCCUCUCACUCUCGGUAAACAUGUGUACCACCAUAGGCAAGCAUUGAGACAAGCCAUCAAUGAAUGGCUCCCAGAGUUCUCUAUACCCAAAACUGCUCAAGGCCCAGUCAUUAAACCUCAACCCCAGGUCACAGCUCCACCGGUACCCAUCCUACCGAUCCUACCAUCAGUGAACACAUGUAUGUCGCUCACUGCUACAACCACGACUAGUUCGCGCGCCCCGGAUCUGCCUAUACCUACUGUCACUACCAGUCAACUACAGGCGUUAGCUGACCGACCAGCACUCGCCACCGCUGUGACAUCAAUAGAGCCAUUCAAUCCAGUUCCGAACCCUGUAAUGAAUUCAUUAGUAUCACCGACUAAGGUGAUCCUCAAUGAAUCGAUACCUAACCCCAUUAUACCCAUGGCAAGUUCCAUCGCUUUACCCCCCUGA